AUGGCAUUUCUGAAUAAAACCUUACUGAGAGUCAGAGGACCAGAACCUGAUAUCAGUGCCGUCACUCAAGACCUACCAUCUGAUCCAGUCCGUCCAGUAGACUCAGUGACUCUGCAGUGUUCAGUCCUCUCUGACUCUGAUAACAAAACAUGUCCAGGAGAUCACAGUGUGUUUUGGUUCAAAGCCGGAUCUCAUGAAUCUCAUCCCAGGGUCUUUUAUGCUCAUGGAAACAGUGUUGAGUGUGAGAAGAGUCCUGAAGCUCACUCUCCACAGAAAUGUGUCUACAGCUUCUCUAAGAACGUCAGCUCCUCUGAUGCCGGGACUUAUUACUGUGCUGUGGCCACAUGUGGAGAGAUAUUUUUUGGAAAUGGAACAAAACUGAAUAUUGAAGGACCAGAACCUGAUAUCAGUGCCGUCACUCAAGACCUACCAUCUGAUCCAGUCCAUCCAGGAGACUCAGUGACUCUGCAGUGUUCAGUCCUCUCUGACUCAUAUAACAAAUCAUGUCCAGGAGAUCACAGUGUGUUCUGGUUCAAAGCUGGAUCUCAUGAAUCUCAUCCCAACGUCUUUUACACUCAUGGAAACAGUGUUGAGUGUGAGAAGAGUCCUGACGGUGGAUCUCCACAGAAAUGUGUCUACAGCUUCUCUAAGAACAUCAGCUCCUCUGAUGCUGGGACUUAUUACUGUGCUGUGGCCACAUGUGGAGAGAUAUUAUUUGGAAAUGGUACAAAACUGGACAUUCAAGCUGCUCCUGUCCUGCAAACAAAUGCUGCAACAACCACAGAUGAUCAACAAAGUCAGCAGACAGAUGAAGACUCAUUGGUUUAUUCGGUGGCAAAUUUCACCAGAGUGAAUCCGAGUGGCAGGAGUAAACAGAAAGAUGCCACUGCAGUCGAGGAAGAGAGCAUCUACACUGAUGUCAGGGUCUUAAAAAAGGAACAGCGACACGUACACUAG